AUGUUAAAAGCCACUGUUCUUGCUCUUCUCGCUGCCGCUGAGGCAAACGCUGCCUUCACUUUGAGGAAGACGUAUGACUCCAGCAACUUCCUGGACGCAUUCAACUUCAGAGACCGCGCCUAUUUCGAGGGUCUUGGCUACGAGGGUGAUCCAACUGGUGGCUCUGUCAAUUACUUGAGUCGUAGUGCAGCAGUGAGCUCUGGCAUUGUCCACACAAACAAUGGCAAGGUUCACCUUGGUGUCAACUCUGCCAACGUAGCCGGUCCCCUUAACCCCAGCGGAUCUAAGCAUGGACGUGGCAGCGUUCGUCUUGAAUCGAAGGAAUAUUACACCUCGGGUGACCUUUUGAUCGCCGAUAUCGAGCAUAUGCCUGGAGUAGCUUGUGGUGUUUGGCCUGCCUACUGGUCUUACAACUUUGCAGAGGACCCUGUUGGGGAGAUCGACAUCAUCGAAGGCAUCAACGCCAACCAGAAUGGCAACUAUGUCUCUUUGCACACCUGCGGAGCGUGCAUCUUCAACCGUCCCGGAGGUCUUGACCCCCGAAACAACUGCGACAAGGGUGGUUCCGAUACCCGAUACUGUACCAAUGGACAGAACUUUGCCGGAUGCGGCAACACCAUGCCUUCUGGCUCCUACGGCAAGAGUUUCAACGCCAACAAGGGCGGUGUAUACGUCUCUUGGCUGACAACAGGGGCCGUGAAGAUCUGGUGGUUCCCUCGCAACAACAUUCCGGCCGACAUCACGAACGGCAGGCCUAACCCCAACAGUUGGGUUCAACCUGCUACAACUCAGUUUGUCAAUGCUAAUGGCAACUGUGAUGUUGGAAAGUACUUCAAGAAGCAGACUAUUAUCUUCAACACGGCGUUUUGCGGAAGCAACAUUGACCAGGGUAUCUGGAACCAGGAAUGCAGAGCUUCUACUGGCUAUGCUACCUGUGACGACUAUGUUACCAACCAACCUGGUGCUUUCAAGGAAGCAUACUGGACCAUCAACUCACUGAAGUUCUACAAGGAGUAA